AAAAGGAAGAGAGGGUUGGGCUGAGAGGUGCCACAGGCACACUACUGUGCACACGCAUUGAGGGCUCGCCGAGUGUUUUUGGGUUUAUAAUUUUUAUGUUGUUGUUGCUGCUGCUUCACUUUUGCUAGCUUUUGUUCACUUUAUAUCUGUCCUUUUACUUUGUUCUAAGUUCCUUCUUCCUUCCUUCCUUCGACUUCUUCUUCUUGAUCAUCCAUCUUCUUUUCCUCUCUUCUUGCUUUAUCUUUUAUCUCUGUAGUCUUAGUUCUGGUUUCGAUAAUGGCAGACAUUAUUAGUCACCCUCCCAUGGAUCAACUUCAGGACCUUGAAUACUGCAUAGACUCUAACCCUCCUUGGGCUGAAACCAUCAUAUUAGCAUUUCAAAACUACAUUGUAAUGCUGGGCACAAGCGUAAUGAUCCCUUCUGUACUCGUUCCGGCAAUGGGCGGCACUGAUGGUGACAAAGCUCGGGUUAUACAGACUCUGCUCUUUGUAGCUGGCAUUAACACACUUCUUCAAGCACUUUUCGGUACGAGGUUACCGGCAGUAGUGGGAGGGUCAUAUGCUUAUGUGGUUCCGAUUGCUUACAUUAUAAGAGACACCUCUUUGCAACGUAUUACAGAUGGUCAUGAAAGAUUUAUUCAAACGAUGCGAGCCAUCCAAGGAGCUUUAAUUGUAGCCUCUAGCAUACAAAUCAUCCUGGGUUAUAGCCAAGUUUGGGGUUUGUUUUCAAGGUUCUUCAGUCCUCUUGGCAUGGCACCUGCGGUUGGAUUGGUUGGUUUAGGAUUGUUUCAAAGAGGAUUUCCUGCUCUGGGUAAUUGUGUGGAAAUUGGGAUCCCAAUGCUGUUGUUAGUUAUUGGAUUGUCACAAUAUCUGAAGCACGUAAGACUAUCAAGAAACUUCCCAAUAUUUGAACGAUUUCCAGUGUUGAUUUGCAUUGCAUUUGUCUGGAUAUAUGCUAUCAUUUUAACUGCCAGUGGAGCUUACCGGGAGAAGCGAUUAAUAACUCAAAAUAGUUGCCGUACAGACAGGGAAAAUCUUAUAUCUACUGCCCCAUGGUUCAAGUUCCCGUACCCUCUGCAGUGGGGCCCACCAACAUUUUCAGCAGGUCACUCAUUUGCCAUGAUGUCUGCAGUUCUUGUGUCUAUGGUCGAGUCAACAGGUGCAUACAAGGCAGCAUCUCGUUUGGCUAUUGCUACUCCACCUCCUGCAUAUGUAUUGAGUAGAGGAAUUGGCUGGCAAGGCAUUGGCAUAUUGCUUGACGGCCUGUUUGGAACAGGCACUGGCUCCACUGUUUCUGUAGAAAAUGUGGGACUCCUUGGACUAACUCGAGUUGGAAGUCGCAGAGUAGUUCAAAUAUCUGCUGGCUUCAUGAUAUUCUUCUCUAUCUUAGGGAAAUUCGGAGCUGUGUUUGCAUCCAUACCCUUCCCAAUAUUUGCAGCGUUGUACUGCGUUCUCUUUGGCCUUGUUGCUUCAGUGGGACUGUCAUUUCUUCAGUUCACAAACAUGAAUUCCAUGAGAAACCUCAUUAUUACCGGGCUGUCACUCUUCCUUGGGAUUUCUAUCCCCCAGUUCUUCAAUGAAUAUUGGAAUCCCACACACAACGGCCUCGUCCAUACUCAUGCUGGAUGGUUUAAUGCUUUUUUGAAUGCCAUAUUCUCAUCUCCAGCGACAGUGGGGUUGAUUGUGGCGGUGCUUCUCGACAACACAUUAGAGGUGGAGAGGUCAAAGAAAGACAGAGGAAUGCAAUGGUGGGUAAAGUUCAGAACAUUCAGGGGAGAUAACAGAAAUGAGGAGUUCUACACUCUGCCAUUCAAUCUCAACAGGUUCUUUCCACCUACUUAAGGACAGUCAUCAGAGUAACCCGAGCCAAUGAUCCUCUUGUCCAAUUCAAUUAACAUUAUCAAGCUCCAUUUUCUCUUAGAGAUGUACAUCCGAGAUCAUUUGACAAGUGUCUUAGCAGGAUACAUUCUUUUGUGGACCGCAAGGUCCAGGUUGUAGGCAUUUGAUAUCUUGAGAAGGAAUAAGAACGGAAAUUAGUUCUCAGCCUCGCUCAAUCUUUUAGAUGUUGCAGGAAAAUAAAUUGCAACUCCAAUGUGAGGCAAAUUUGCUUCAGCUCCCAUCGGGAAGUUUCCUUUCAAGACCUUGGCAACGCCAUUUUCGUCCAAGUCCGUCAUGUCAAGUAAAUCAAAUUUCAUGUAGCAUUAUCAUUCCCCGUUUA